UCCGCCAACUGGUCCAGAGUUUUUCCAUCCAAAAGAAAAAAGAACAUUCUGGGUCGGAGGCCCGUCCGCGUCGUAACCCCCUCCGCCUCCGCCCCGGCCAAUCUCCCAACCGACACGCGAAGCAGAGCCAGCAGCCCCGCCAGACUCUCCCUCCGGCGACCCCGGCGAUCUACUUCCCCGGCGACGGCCGCCGCGUCUCCAGCCGCCGCGCUCUCUUCCCACCGUGCCUUUAUUGGCUAUCAACUAUAAAGUUUGUAGUGGUUUCUGGUGUUCUUCGCAAAAUGGUGAAGCUGACAAUGAUAGCGCGUGUCACUGAUGGCCUUCCGCUGGCAGAAGGGCUGGAUGACGGGCGUGAUCAGAAGGAUUCUGAUUUCUACAAGCAGCAAGCUAAACUUCUUUUCAAGAACUUGUCAAAGGGGCAACAUGAAGCCUCACGGAUGUCAAUUGAGACCGGAUCAUACUUUUUCCAUUACAUCAUUGAAGGCCGAGUAUGCUAUCUAACAAUGUGCGACCGUUCUUAUCCAAAGAAACUUGCAUUCCAGUACUUGGAAGAUCUGAAAAAUGAAUUCGAGAGGGUCAAUGGGAGUCAAAUUGAAACUGCUGCAAGGCCUUACGCUUUCAUUAAGUUCGAUACAUACAUACAGAAGACUAAGAAACUGUAUUUGGAUACCAGAACCCAGAGGAACAUUGCGAAAUUGAACGAUGAGCUCUAUGAGGUGCAUCAAAUCAUGACUCGCAAUGUUCAAGAAGUUCUUGGUGUCGGUGAAAAGCUAGAUCAGGUUAGUGAAAUGUCAAGUAGGUUGACAUCUGACACGAGAAUCUAUGCUGAUAAGGCAAAGGAUCUCAAUCGCCAGGCCUUCAUUCGGAAGUAUGCUCCCGUUGCCAUUGUGAUUGGGGUUGUAAUAAUACUGUUCUGGGCCAAGAACAAGAUAUGGUGAUUCCACUAAAAAGGAAGGCCGGCCUGUGUUAUAACACUGGAGAAAGAAAUUGUGGAUCAAGCGAUGCUUCGAUGACUUGUAUCCCGUAUCUGCCCGUUCAAGCGAGUAAUUUGAAGCUACCUUUACACCUCCUUACAAGCAGCUAUUGAAGUGAACGAAUUCGUUGGUUGUAGUAUAGACCAUAUGGCGGACUUGAUUUUGUGAACCCUGGGAACCGUACAUACAAGAGCUCUGUAGAGUCGAGUUUUGGAUAUCGGGAUCGAUUUAUAUUUUGUCGUGUCAACUCAUGUAAGAAUUCAGGCUGAUGAAACUAUACAGUACUCCAUCGCUCCCCUUGACUGCAUAAUAUGGCAUGUUCGACAGCA